AAACAAAAACUAAGCGUUAAGUACUUAGUAUAGAAUGAGAAGAACUGACCGAGUAUUUCAGUCAAAGUAUUUUGUAACUCUACACGGCUGUGCUCAACUGGUUUUCUGCCUAAAUUUUCUGGAAACUUAAAAAAAGUUGGAGGUAGCUUCUUUUCGGUAACUAGCCGGCCGGAAUUCCACUUCAAUAUAUUUUUUGUGACAACGGCGAUGAACAGUUGACAACUAUGGCUUCGUCUCAAGACGUUUACUCCGAAGAUGACAACUUUUUGAUCGGGAACGAUUCUAACACAGACCGUCAUCGAAGAGAAGCUAGGCAACUUCACCUCAGCCAAUUUAGAACAACGCGUCGCGAGGCGCAUUUCGCAAGGUACAGAAACUCUUUUCUGAAAUGCGACUUAGACCAAACAAAUAACCGAAUUGAACAAGAAAGGCGUUUAAGAUCAGCAGAAAUGGAGCGUGCUCGAGCUGCCAUUGUGAAGCAAGCAGAGAGUAGAAGGAAAGUUAAGCGCUACAGCGUGAAUGAAAACGAUGCAGCAAUGAUGUCCUCUGCUACAGAUGGAAAGCCUAUUAUAUUAAUUAACAAUAUUUCACCGAGCAGAGAGGCCAAAUAUGAAAGCAAAGAUCUUGGAAAUAACAGCCGACUCGCGAGACAAAGCCACCGGAGUUUUCGACACGGUGUAACAAAUUUAAGUUUGUCGCACGCGUCAACAGUGACCGGAGAACGCGCGUGUGAUUCGGCGGGAGAAAACGAACAAGUGACUUCCUCGGUGAACACGGGCGAUGGUAAAGGCAGCUCUCUGGGCAGCAACGUGGAUAAGCAAAAACCGAGUGAAGUUAAUCCUUCAUUAAACGCUGGAUCAGCUCAUGGGAAAGAAUCUGAGCGGAUGGGAAGCCCUUCUGUUUCGCCGGAAUCUACACCUGGUUCGGAGCGGAAUCUAUCAGCAAAGAGCCGAUCAGUCAAAGUGGCUUCGAACCGGAAGACUCCUUUUUUGAACCGGAGAAAGGGCAGUGCAGUUAGCUUCCAGGAAUCACAUGCGAAGAAAACACAAUACGCUCACGAACGAUGGGUUUGGACGGAGUUUGACAAGAUCAUGAAGGGCUUCGCAGAUUUCCUGCAGAUAGAGCAUAAGUCUGUUAAAUUGAGGAACGAGGCUGCUGUCGACCAGGACACAAAGGCGAGACCGCCUCCAAACGUAACCCUUAAUUCUCGCAAUACUUUAAGCCCAUUUUUCUUUCGUUAUGGAGUAUCUGAUCAAAUAGCUUUUCGCUUUUUACCGGCGUUUAUAUUAACUUGGGUAAACACAAUCACCAAGCGUAGAAGUUUCACGCGCCGUGGAAACAACACAACGCUUCAAACCAUGAACGUAGACGGACGAUCCGAGGUUUCGCUUUCUCCAACACGGAGGCGUAACAGGUCCAGAGCGAAUUCCGAACCUUUUAGAACUCGCAAAACGCUCUCUGUGUGGGAAUCAUCGAGGAAUUCGCCAGAUUCACGGCAAACUAAAUCAUGUCGCUCCGAGAUAGACAUGACUGUGAUGAACGAACAAAACAGAGAAAGGCUCAUCGAAGCGUUUUUACCCGAUCUGAGGAAGAAUCACACACGCAUGGGCUACCUGCAUCGAGGAAGACCGUUUAAUCUCAAUCAAGAGAAGCUUAAGACUGUUCAAAUCCGCGCGAAAACCGCGUCGUACAACAGAGACCUUCGCGAACAUUCAGAUAUAUCUCUAGGCUGUGGUAGAAAGGCUGCAAAUAGCACAACUCCACGACCCAGAUGGGCCGUGAAACCUUUGCCGAUGAAUUCAGCCAACGAUAGACUUUGUCCUGAUGUUCCGCCACAAAUGGUAGCGUUUGUGAAGCGACAGCAGUGGAAUUACAGCGAUGGUAGAUCAUGUCUUGACAGACCACUGCCGAAGAGGUCACUUGACAAGUAGAUACGUGCUCGUAUCUCCCUACAGGGUUUUUAUGGGUAUGAAAUUUGUUGGAAAGCAUCUGAUCAGGACGAGAUUAAUGAAGUGGUCAUAAAGGAUAAUUGCAGUUUGUUGUGCAAGAUAAGCAAAGGUGCUGAAAACGUUUGUUUGAUUAUUUGAUGUCAGCUUCCUCUUGGAGAUUAAAGAAUGUUUUCACAGCAUUAAAAAUUUACGAAGUUAUAUCAUACCCAAGGUCGCAACUGCGCGGCUUUCAUAAGACCUCAGAAGAGAAAACAGUGGUGCACAUUUCUGCGAAAUAAGACUUAAACGGAAGAAAAUGUGAUCUCGUGGCAUAUGUAGCGAAAUUAAUCGUUGGAUUAUUAAUUAACUGAAUUGCGUACUUUGUACAAUUAUUACAUGAUGAUUUUUCUCGUGUUUGCUUUAGCAGGUGGCGGCCUCACUAAUGUAAUAAAAAUAACGUCAUCACAAUA